AGAGGGGAGAGCCUUGUGGCAGGCAUUCCCACCAGCAGCUGGUGCAAUGUUCCAAGGAUGAGGCGAUGAGGUCUUCCACCAGGGUGGAGGGUGAACCAUCUGGAUCGAUAAACUGGAACCAGGCAUCCUCAGCAGCCCUCAUGCUGUCAUCUGGCGUGGAGACGCAGCCACUGCCUCUCGAUUCCCCCAUGUCUGCGGGGGCCCAGGAGUUGUACACAGAACUUCCAGUAAGCAUCUCCCCAGAGCUUUCUGCAGAAUUCGAGCCAAGCGUUGUUCCAGAUGCAAAACCUGAAGUCUCGAGUUCCUUGGUGCGGACUUUGCCUUUAGAACCCCAGAGAACUCAUGUGGAAAAUUGCUCUCAAGACGCUGACCCCAUGGGUGAUGGGGAAGAGGCAAGGUGUUGUGGCCUGGCUGCAGGCUGCACAGCCAGAGACCCUGUGGCUUCAGGAGUCCUUGUGAAAGAGAGGGCAGAGCAGGAGGGAAGAGCUCUCAGAGUCCCCCAGGAGGGAUUGGCGGAAGGCCAGGGCGAACCUGCCCCAGCAGCUGCUGAAGGAGUGCGUGGCUUGUGCCAGGUGGUCCUUGGGGAGCAGCGGAAGCGAGAGCGGAGCCGGAGCCCCUCUGAUGAUGAGCCUCAGUGCACAGAAAAAGACAGAAAACCCUUUAGAAAUAUGUACAGUGAAAAACAUUUCUGCAUCAGCCAUGUCUUCCUCCGCUUCCCCUUCCUCCAAAAAAAGGGGGGAAAGAAGGAAAUAGAAGAAAACGUGCUUCAGCGUGCACUCUUAAAGAUGGCGGCCUCUCUAGCCGGAGCAGAGGGUUUGAGGAGUUGCUGGGUUCACCUCUUGAGCGAUGACCCUGAGCUCCCCUCACUGGCUGGUCCCCAUGACAGCCAUCAUCGGGGCCUAGAUCGGGAGCUUUUCUUAUACUCUGCUGGCAGAGACCCUCUGGUCCUGCGCUUCCUGCUAGUGAUCGGUCUAGGGAAGGGGGUCCCUGACGGACGUCUCCUCUGGGCAGUGCUGAUCAUUUGGCGAACCCACCUGGAGGAGGGGCACGGUCUCCCCAGCUUAUAUGGUGAAGGGGCGGAGUACCGCCUCCUUUCCCCCAGCUUUCAUUCAUGGCGUGGAGCCAGUUCUCUGCCUUUUCUGAAACCAUUUUCCUGGGCUCUCUUGGAAAUGCUUGACCGGCUAGUGUUUCCAUCCUGGUACCUGGUCACAUUUGUAAGUGAAGCUGAGGUCAAGAGCCAGAGGUGGUUCUCGGUGGAGGAUGAGUGGCUGCCCCCUUCCUGCACGGCCUGGCCCCCCCCCCGGCCAUCACCCUCUCGGUCACUUGCCUGGUGGUGUCCUCCUAGUCACAGCCACGUGGCAUCUGCAGGAGGUGGAAUUGUCAGAAGGAUAGAUUCCCACGGCAGUGAGCCAUCUGGGAUCACUGGAAGGAAGCUGAACUGGCCAACCUUUGUAAUAAUGAAGCAUCUGUAUAAUGAAGAAAACCAAGGAAACGUACAGGUUACAACAGAAACUCUGCCAAACCCUACUGAAGAAGGACAAGGUAUGAAGGUCCAUGGGACUAAGAUGAUUAGUAAUGCAGAGCACAGGAGUAACAAAGUGAGUAAAAGUCUCCCACCUGGGUGCAUCGACUGCCCAGAUGUAGACAGAAUCAUGACCAGUGGUGAGGUUUCAGAAACCAGCACCCUAGUGUCCCUAGAGCCUUUGACCUCUGUGGAGCCUGGAUUGACAAAAGCGCCUUCAACAGAAAAAGAAUGUGAGACAUCCAGUGCUCGUCCACUUUGGCCACCAUCACCAGAGGACAGUGCCAGCCUCCCAAUGUGUGGUGGAGACACACUAUCCAAAUUGAGCCUUGACAAUCACCAGCACAACUGUGGCUGUGACAUUGAAAGUCCCUCCAAGACCAGCAGUCCUCAGGCGAAGAGCAAGGAAAGCGGCAUGCUUCCUUUGGAAGCAGACCCCCAAGGGGCGUGUUUCCCUUUGAGCUUACCCUGUGUGGGGUCUGGAAGUAUCUCCCUUGAGGAAUGUGGCUCUGGAGAUGACCCGCAGGAGACGGGAAAACCCUUCUGUACUGGAGAGGUCCCGAGAGAAGAAGGCUCAGCUUCUAGAUGGGAAGGAGAAGGAAUCCAGAGUGUCAGGAGCAAAAGCAGCCGAGCGCUCGCUGUCGACGCCAAGCCAGGAGGAGAAGAGAGCAGCAUGCCUCCUUUGAACCGUGCCAGUGGCCAGAGAGGAUGUGCCUUUGAUAGCUGCUGCACACACAGCCCCAGUCAGGGGACUCAGGGUCCCCAGCAAGAGAACUCUUGUUCUCCUUCAGAAGAAGAUCCUACAAAAGGCCCUUCGGAAACACAAGAGAAUCUCAGAAAACAUGAAGGCAAGAGAGUAAGCUGCCCUUGUGAUACACACCAAGAUGAAGACUCCAUAAAGGAAAGUGACUCCUGGGUGAUGCGGACUGAAGAAUCAGAAAAGAUGGUCUCUGCGGAUGCAAGUGUGUCAGGCAGGAAUGUGGACGGUCAGAAUCCUGGUUCUUUGGUCAGCAGCCAGAGAGAGGCCGGGAGCUGCACUGAGAAGAGAGACCCCGCUGCUUGUUCUGUGCCAGAUGAACCACCCAUGCCUGUAAGUAAAGUCUCAGAGGUCAAAAGUGUUCUUCCUCAGCUACAGAGGGACCAAAAAUGGGACCUUGCUGACCAGCCUGAGGUAAAAAAAAUUAUAGGAGUCUCAAGUAGGGCUGUUACUCCAUUUGUAGAUGGACAGAGAAUUGCUUCAUAUCUUGCUGAGUCCCAUGAAGCCAAAAGGAAGCGUUUAUGUGUCUUAUCUGGAAAGAUGUCCUUCGAUGCUGGUGACCACAAGGGAGCAGCGGCUCCCCAAGAGUCGUCUCCAGGUGGUCGUGCAGAAGACGUCUGUAAGGGAACGAGUGAGGCUUCUCAGCAACAGGCCAGCUCUGUGUUGGAGGAUGGAGUCGGGGUCAUUGCCAACCAGCAAACCAUUCUGACCCAAAUGAAAAAAGGGAAGGAUGCCUUCCGCCCAGGUGCCACCACCUGCCAUGCCUCUUCCGAGAAUCACGUCAGUGCUAAAGCAGUAAGCUUCAAUAGGGUGCCAAAUGACACAGUCAUAGGAAAACUGGCAGUCAUGUCAGGCCUUGAAAAAGAAGUAGCAGAAUUAUCUGAAGAGGCUCCUGACUUAGAGCAUGAAAGUGCCCAGUCUCAGGGAUGUCACAGCUGCCACCAGAGAGUUGAGAAUGCCCCAGAAGGGGACAUGUACUCAGAGGGUGUUACCUACAAGUCCAUUGCAAUCUCCCCAGAAGCUGAGAAUCAGUCUGUGUUGACCUGUGAAGACAUGUUGGUGCCCAGUGAUCCUCCCUGUCCAGGAACAGGAAGUAGUCUGGUAGGAAGCAUCCUCAGUGUGAGACGUCCCUCGGGAAAUAAUGAACUUUCUAGAGAAGAAAUUGAAGAUAGUCUUCAAGAAGGCAAAAUCAAGAAUGAAGUGGCUUCAUGUUCAUUACUCAGCAGAGCCUUAACCAAAAGCACACUUGCCUUGAGCCAUGUUAAGCCUGGAAAUUUCAUAGCAAGAUCAGCUGGAAAGACAGGCUUAGAAGAAAAUAAACUAGGACCACACAGUAAGGAGACAUCGUUACCUUGCGACUCCCAUCUCUCUGGACAUACUGUUUUAGAAAGCAAGCUGUCCUCAAACAUUUCAAGUCCUACAGAGCCAAAGGACCUGUGUCUUACCACAGAGCGCUCCAGUGUUAGGAUUGCAAACCAAGCAGACGGGACAGAUCCAGGCCUUAAUUGUCAGAGUGACCUUAACAGACUGGUUGAAUGCUGGAGUGAAAGUGAAUCAUCCAAGAGUGACCAUCAUGGCCUGGGAAUCUUUGAGGUCCAACAUACGGAUCGUCAUAAGCGUGAAGAUGUUGCCAAACCUAACAGAGGGUUGAGCUCCAGUCACACAGAACUUCUAGUUAAAGACUUAAGCAACAUCCAGCCAUCUUGUAGUCUUCCAAAGAAAAAUAUCUUUAAAACUUCCCUAGCUAAUGAAGACUUUACUGUGUUGUGCAGAGCAGACCCAAUUCAGCUUGGUAAUAAGCUCGGAGAAAAGGUGUCGGAAAUGAAAGAAUCUGAUUCCACUGGUAGUUACAGAAGGCAAGAGGAGCCCUCCUGGCAUCAGCCAGACAGGCCUUUGAGAAGUAACCAGUCUCAGGGAGGAGGACUGAUUGACCAGGACUCUAUUUUACCGUGUGCUUCUGAUUCUUUUAAUAUGAGAUCUCUGAAAACUGUACCAUCUUGUAAAGGGACACCAUCAGUUGAACAGAGAGAUGAUGGUCUUCAUAACGAGGUAACCCAGGAAAGUAAGACGCAUGGGAUGGGAUCUGUUACCAAUCAUGAGCAAAAUACAGAGUUGUCAGAUACCAUGAAUGUAUUGUUAGGGAGUACUCAUCGUGGGAGAAUUGUUGAAGAAAUGCUUCCAGGAGAGACAGAAGAGACAGCUAGUGGGUUAAGGCCACAAAUGAAUUCUGCAUUUGAUGACGAAGAUUCCUUAGAAGUUUAUUACAGAGAGCCUGUGUUAGGAUCUGUCCAGGCAAUGCCUUUGCCUAUCUCUUCCCUAGGAAAUUCACCAACUGGUUCAGAUGGUCCUGUGGCUGAAAAAGCUGAAACAAAACAGCUUCCUGAAUCAGUAAAUGUCAGAGUGCUCCCUGAAUGUGUAAAGAGCAGCACCAUGAAGACCAAGGGGAAGAAAAGAGGAAUCCCUAACAUUGGUAGCAGAGGCAAAAGAGGCGCCCCAGGAAUGUUUCAGCUGGAGCUGGUCUCCAGUGUGGCACCUUCAUCUAAUGAACUGAAUCCAGGAAAUAACAUGGACAGAAGAGAGACUGGAGAAUACCGAGGAACACAAAACGAUUUGAAAGUCAGAGAGGAAUGUGAAGGCAAACCUUGGAGAGAAGAUGGUGGAGAUAAGAGUUCACACACUAAUGGGCCACAUUUUAAACGAAAGAGGGUAUGUGGAGAGACUGAAACACAGAAAGCCUCAAUUGUCCAGGGCUGCAGGUGUCUUAAAGGAGGGCAGGAGGGCAUGCAGCCAAAGAAAAGGGGAACCUUUUCCCAACGGGAAGAAUCACUGAAUGGCCAGCCUUUCAUUGGGCCAACAGUGAGCCCAUCGUCACAAGACUUGGCAAGUCAAAGCCGCCUUAAGGGACAUGCACAUAAGCGGAGCACUUUGAAGAAUAUCACAGGAGCCAAGGUGUACGAGGAUGAGCCUUUUCCUCAGUUUCUAAAGAUGGAUGGUUCAGAGGCGGGAAGACGAGCUCUUCAUUUAUGUCCCAACACUGAGUCACCUUUAGGUCCCCAUCUCAUCUCUGCCAUGAUGCCCCAAGGUAUCAGUGGUACUGGAUGUGAGAAAAUACACAAUACUUUUACGAUGACCCCAUAUCAAAGAAAAUCUCUUCCGCUCUUAAAAAAAGGGCUAAACAUCACUUAUCGUGAGCCCAUCAAAACUGGAAGAAAAAUGAAUGAUAUCCAAAAGUGGAUUCUUCUAAAGCAUGCUUCAGAAACCAUCUCGGUCAAAGAACACAAAGUCCUCAGCUGGUCCUCUGCUGCCCCUGCAUCCUUAGCUUCAGUGGCCAGUCACAUGCCCAAGCCGAAAGCCAUGAGACGCCUUCUGCUGAACAGCACAAGACUUCAGAAACCUACCAAAGAGUCGGCCUUGCUAAACAAGUUGUCUGUUCUGGCCAGGAAGCUGCUGGCCGUGUCCACAGCGACCCCAGAGUUAGGAUCUCAGCCAUGCUCUGCUGAACUUCUUCCGGUGGCUGAGACCUGCAAACGGCUCAGGUUUAAAAAGCUCCAGGGUGAAUCUCCUUACAGUAUGAUGCAGAUAAGCCUACACAUAGGUGAUGAUGGGUGCAACAAGACACCUGACAGUCAGACUUUGGCACUUUACCCCCUUGAAGCCCUCAGAGUGGGUUUCUCAGACUUGAUGAACAAAAUGCCGUCAUUGCAAUUCAAUGCCCAGAUCUUCCCAAUAUCCUUUCACAUAAACCUGGACUCAGAGCUCACAACUGAUUCCACAAGGAUUUUUUCUGAGCACUGCUCCCCUCCUGAGAAUGCCCCCGGAGGGGACCCCACGCACCCACCUCAGCCUCCGAAGUGGACCUUUUCCUUCCUUGUGUCCCAGGGCUCUUCAGGGACAGCCACGUUCAGGGAAGAAGAUGGGCUCUCCCGUGCUGCUCUGCAGACCCUCUCCCCCGAGCAAGCCCCUGGCAGCAAUGCUAUCGUGAAGGUCAGAGCUGGUUGCUCUGUCCUUGGCCUUCAUACAGUUUUAGCACUUUCUUCCCCUGGAUGUUAUAGGAUCUGGACGAGAAGAAGGAGCUUAUCCAGUCAUUUGCCUACCAUACAGAGGCUCUUCGUGACUCAGUUUACGCAGGGCUUCAAAGGGUUAAGGCCUUCAGCAUCUCUGUCCAACAGUCUCUUCCCUUCUCUGCCCUACUCAGUGGGCAGGGUGCUGUCCAUAUGGAGCCAGCAUGAUCCUUCUGCCCGCCCCUUCGAAAUCACUACUCUCCAUUCCAAACACAGCAAGUGGCCGCCAGCUCUGGGCAUCAGGAACAGCCAUGCCGUCUUACCGCACGUGCCUCUGUUGGGCGUGGAAGCCACCACUGGUAGGACCGGAGGCGGUCUAGUUAGGCUGGGAUCUCCCUUCUCUGCUUUGGUACCAAAGUCCCGCUUAGCCUUUGAACCAGUGGUCAGUGUGCUCCGACUUUCAGCCUCUGACUUCCAGCUUCCUGCUUUCAAAGAGCUUAGGAGAGUCCCCACAGUGUGCACCAGUCAGCACAGUAGUGCCACCCAGAAGGAGAUUGAGUCAGAGAAGCGACCAAAAAAAGUGUCACAGAUUCGAAUCCGGAAAACCAUUCCUAGGCCAGACCCCAACCUCACCCCCAUGGGACUGCCUCGACCCAAAAGGCUGAAGAAGAAGGAAUUCAGUUUGGAAGAAAUAUACACCAAUAAGAAUUACAAGUCCCCUCCCGCAUCCAGGUGUUUAGAGACCAUCUUUGAAGAGCCCAAAGAGAGAAAUGGGGCGCUCAUUUCCGUCAGCCAGCAGAAGAGAAAGCGGGUCCUGGAAUUCCAGGAUUUCACUGUCCCUCGGAAGAGGAGGAAUCGUGGUAAGAUCAAGGCAGUGGGCAGCUUUACCAGGGCAAAAAAGGCUGCCCUCCAAAGCCAAGAGCUGGAUGCCCUUUUGAUUCAGAAACUGAUGGACCUGGAGGCCUUCCUUGCCAAGGAGGGAGAAGAGGAGCCGACGUCAGGCUGCUGAGAAGUCAGCUCCGUGGAGGAAUUUGGGGGCCUUGUGUUGGUCCUUCUCUUGGACCUCCUUGACAGGGAUCUCAUGGCUUUUCCCAGUCGUCAAAACCACUCAGCCGGCAUGAGGGAUCCCUGGUUAACGAGGUGCAGACGUCUCUUGUGUGGUUGAGCAGCUUUCUGCUUUGCUGCUGAGUGUAGGGCCUCAGGAAGGCCUGCCUGCCCUCUCCUGCCACCUUGGGACCUCCCCAGGGCUAGGCAGCAGCCCUCCUUCUGUAAUAACACUAGGAUUCCCAGGACCCACCCACUCAUUUUGCACGUCCCUGUGGACUCUCCAUUGUUUACAGCGGUGCUAGUCACAGAAGCUAAAUUACCUUGUUCUUGGGAUCCCCCAGUUCACCGGAGGAGUUGGUGAAGGUUCGUCCUGAUUAUGUUCUUCAGUCCUGGGAAUGAGUCUGCUUAGAACUGGGUUCUGUGUGUGUGGCCUGCCUUUCCCCAGAAGCCCUGCCCCGCCCUACCUGCUGGUGGCCUUGGUCACUGGCACCAGAGGAGCCCAACAAGGCACCAUUCCAAGUCAGUUGCACUUUUCAAUGUUGUGGUGUUUCCUCUUUUUAUUAUUAUUAUUGUUGUCAUUGUUAUUAUUAUUAAUAAUAAUUAUUAUUAUUAUUGCUGCAUGUUGGGAGCCUUUAAAUGUGAUUUUUGUUUUUAUUUUUAUUUUUUAACAUGUGGAGGAGAAAGGCAAUUAUCUGUUUUAAGCAAAGUCUGUUCAAUAUGUGAUGUGUCUCUGACCCAGUCUCUCACAGGGCAGUGGGAAGCCAUAUCCCCUCUCACCCUCCAAGUGAAUGGACUUCAGGUCAAAGAGCAGGUUUUUCUCCAGGUAGCUUUUAAUAUACUAGGAUCAGGUGGGAUUUUACUUUGUUUUUACCGCCAAAAUGAUGGAGGCGAUGGCAGACUUAAUCCCUGGGGCUGCCUGGGUGGAAAAGCAUAUUACAAGCCAUGGGCCUCAGGGAAGCCAGCCCUCACUGGCCCCAGGCAAGGACGCCAGGCCUCUGGGUCACUGUGUUUGUGAACCAUACUUGAAGCUUUGCAGAGAGGCAGAGGGAUCUCUAGCUGUUGGCUCCUCCUUAGUGCCUAAGCGUUUAUUUGGUCAGAGGAAUUCCGACUUCUCCACUUAAUCCACUUGGCCCUCCUCCUUCCCUCUCCCCUCUGCAUUUCUCUUUCUCAUAAGCAGGUCUUCCUAUGAAACCAGUGUAGAGAGCUGGGGUUCUCAGCCAGUGAUGAGGUGCUCCCCCCCUGUCCUCCAGACUCCUAGCACCUCCUUCCCAUCUCUGCUGGGGUGCCAUGAGACCUGCACCCAGCAAGCCUCCAGGGGGCACACAAGACUCACCUGCAAGGUCUCACAUGCCCACGAGGGAUUAUCUUGUUAGGGUCGGGUAGGGAGGGAGUUUGCUUCUCUGCCUUCUCUCUGCAGGUCGGCUGUCUGUGCCAGUUUGGGAGAGUGCGGGCUUUUUCCCUUGGAAGCUCCUGGCCUGGACGUAGAGACCUAGGACGUCCGCUCCAGCCGAAUGGGACCAGACCCCCCCUAGUUGGACCAACUCCGUACCAUACAUGGCUGCACCACAGGCCCAGGCCUUUCUCUUGUGGACCAGCCAAAUUCUAGAGGCCUGUAUCAUCAGGACCUGCAUUUCUCCUUGAUCCCUCUGCUUAGGGUGGGGGUCUCUUGAUGCUAAGCUCCUCUCUCUGUGCACUACCUUUGAGGAGUAGCAUGUGCCCUUCACAGCCUCUUUUCAGGGAGCCCCCUUCCUAGCUGUCUUGUUCCAGUGGGACUGUGUUGUCAGAUGCGUUGGCGGUGUCUGAAGUUUGGAAGAUACCAAGGCCAUGGCACUCGGUGGACCAGAAGGCAGACACUGCGGCAGUGUCCGUAAUGAUGUAAUUAGAGAUGUCAUUCCAGCUUCAGCAUAGCCAGAAGUGGCACCCGUGAGGGCCGGGUGACCAGGGAUUGGGGCCGGUGAAGCUCUGGCAGCACUAUAGAGGGGGAAGGAUCCAGGGGCCCACUGCGUUGUGUACCCAGGCAGCCCUGGUCAUUUCUCAGUCGUCUGACUUUCCCCGUCUUCAGGGCUCCCCCUGCCUGGUCUCACACCCGCAGCUCUAAUGUCGAAAGGGGCUAGAAAAGGCUUCUACCUGGAGGCCUCUGCCACCACCUCGAAGUCUCUGGUCAGGCUUUGAAUCACUUACAGGAAGUUGAUGGAUCUGAGAUGCUAGCAGCGCCGUAGCCACACCUGUCUUCAGGUCUACAGGCUUUUUGGUGGCACCUCUAGCCCCUGGGGCCCACGCUGCCCAUACCAGGGACCAGGUUUUCUGCCCAGGUGGCCUAGAUCAACUCAGAGGGUUGAAUAUUUUCUGUGCAGGAUGGAGAAACCUCAGGUCUGAGCAGGGUUCUGCUGUCGCCUUUCAUAGCUGGCUUUCCCCUUCCUGCCACCUUCCUUUCCCCCUCCAUGCCAUCCCUUGCCCCUUUCCAGUCUCAUUUCUCUGUUGGUGUGAAAGUACCUCAUUUAAGCCAAUCAUGUCUGUGUUGUCUUACUGAGGGGGGUACAGUGAAGAGACAUGUAGCAUUUGCCUUACUUGGAGCCCAACGAGCUCAGAAACUCAUGCUGUGAAUCCCAAAACAUGAUGCCCUCCCCCCCCCAGCUGUGAAAAUCAUGACACUUGGUCACACUUUUGCCUCAAGGGCAUGCUGGAGCCGGAGCCAACUUAACUUAGAAGCAUUGGGACAUCCUUUCUCUGGGUCCCCCUUCCUCCUGCCAGGAUUGGCCUGUGUGCACCACCCACGGGAGCUGGGGUGCAGCCAGGUGUAGGUUGUAGGUGGGCUGUGGGGUGGCAGCUCUAGAGCCGCCCUGUCCUUCUCCAGGUGAAGAUUUGAUCUUCUUUCAUUAAACACUAUAUAUAUAUUAAGGUCAACCUUUAGGCAGUGAUGCUUUUCUCUUGUCACUUAGAGGCAGGGGAAAGAUAGGCAGUUGUUUUGUUUUGUUUUGUCUUUUUCCUUUAAUGCCUGUGGGAAAAUAUUUUUUAAGCUUUCUUCUGGUGUCUGUAAAUGGACCUCGGAUGUACCACGUUGUAGGUGGCUUUAUCCAAAGCAUUAUACAGAAUUGGCAGAAGUGUCCUUUCCUUUGUACCUUCUCAGGAAGGGACCCUCCUUGCCAAGAGAGCUGAACUCCUUCUGUCCAGUCACUGGACCCAACCCUGGAGAAGGCUUCAGCUGAAGGGAAUCAGAGUUUACUAUUCAUUGAGCCACAAACCCAGCCCCCAAGUGGUCUGGAUUUCCUGGUGGGUGGGGUGGGGUAGGGUGGGGUGGGAUCUGGUGGGGGAGAGGCGAUAGGCUGAUGGUCCAAAUUGUGGCUUAAGCAUUUUCACAAGCACCUUUGGUGCUGCAUUGGACUUCUGGGUGAUGUGUUUUCAGCACCUGUGUGCUGGACAGGGCCAGUAGCUGCCUGAAUAAAGUGUUUCUAUCUUAUGAGAAAUAGUUCAGUGAAAUUUGUACAUUUGUGGUAAUAUUGGCAUCAGUCAUGCCCCUUGCAGUUUCAUUUCUGUUUGGUAGUUUGUGACUCUAAAAUUCCCACUGUUAUAUGUGUUAAUUUAUAGAAAUAAAAAAAAUUUUUUUUUUUUUGAAAAAGUU